AUGGUGAAGUUGAUAUCUGUUAAGCUCUUCGGUGUUUUUAUGGUUCAAGUCUUGGCUGUAACAUCACAGUCGGGAAAAAAUGUUUCAAAUCUACGAUUGGCAGGCGGUUAUUACCCCUGGGAAGGACGAGUGGAGGUGUAUCACGAUGGAGAAUGGGGUACCGUCUGUGACGACCUAUGGGGCUGGUUGAACUCUAACGUGGUUUGCCACUACUUUGGAUACCAUAACGCUACAUACAGUACCACAUGGUUUGGUGCUGGAUCUGGGGACAUUUUCUUGGAUGAUGUGGUCUGCAUUGGGAACGAGUCUAGCUUAGUUGAUUGUUCGCACAUUGGAUGGGGGAAUCAUAACUGUGGACAUUUCGAAGAUAUAGGGGUUGUUUGCUCAUCGGCUCGUCUCGAUCCAGAGGAAGCAGCUUUCCAAGAUGUCAGUGUGCGUCUAGUAGGCGGUAAUUUCCCUUCCGAGGGACGUGUGGAAGUAUACCAGCACCACCGAUGGGGCAAAGUCUGUGAUGACCUCUGGGACAUGAAUGAUGCAACAGUCGUCUGUCGACAUCUUGGCUACAGCUCCGUUGUGUCCCAGGACACCAGGUUUGGCUCGGGAUAUCUAGAAUUCAUCUUAGACGACGUGGAUUGUUACGGAAACGAGUCUUCUCUUGCAAAUUGCCCUCAUGCGGGAUGGUGGAACAACAACUGCUAUGGAAAAGAAGCUAUUGGGGUGGUUUGUCUAGAUGAAAAUUUGGCUGACUCCCUGGGUAAAAUAUUUCCAGAUGACUUCAAUCUGCGUCUUGUUGGUGGAAAUUCAACAUCCGAGGGACGUGUGGAGUUGUUAUACGACGAUGAAUGGGGAACCAUUUGUGAUGACGGAUGGGACCAGCGACAUUCAACCGUUGUGUGCCGCUUCCUAGGGUACAAGGGAGCAGAGUUUACACGUGUUCAGUUCGGCCCUGGAUCAGGGAGCAUCUAUUUGGACGACGUGGACUGCACUGGGGGCGAGUCUAAUUUAGCCCAGUGUUCUCACAAUGGGCUGAAAGUGACUGACUGCACCCAUGAAGAAGAUGUUGGUGUGGUUUGCUCAACGGCCCUUCGAAAUCUGGAGGAAGAAGCCCUCGCUCCAGCGUACGGCUCUUUGCGUCUUGUGGAUGGAGACUCUGUUAUGGAGGGCCGCGUUGAAAUAUACAUGUUUUACGAAUGGGGCACGAUAUGCGAUGACAACUGGGACCUAAGGGAUGCAACAGUCGUCUGUCGCCAACUUGGCUACAGCUCUGUUGCAUCAGAGCAUACCAAAUUCGGCGCUGGUUCUGCAAACAUUUUGAUGGAUGGAGUUAGAUGUAACGGCAGUGAGGCGCAACUGGCAGAUUGCCAUAGUGAUGGCAGAUUUGGAUCCCACGAUUGCAGUCAUAGUGAAGACGUUGGUGUUGUAUGUUCAAAUCACUCGAUGAAACCCAUGAAAAAUGAGUCACUCAGUGGUGGCGAUUACAUUACGUAUCGACUCUUUGGUGGCAUAUCCCCGACUGAGGGCGUCCUACAAUAUCGGAGUUCAGCAAACGAAACUUGGAACACUGUUUGUACCUCAUGGCCUUUUCAGGACUAUGCGACAGCCAGCAUUUUCUGCAGUAAGGUUGGGUUCCCAUUCGCCUGUGGCUACGACACAGUUGGGAACGUACGAAAUAGCAGCGUCAUUGCUGGUCUGUUGAGAGAUUUUCCGUCAAAAGAAAGCUCAAUAUUUUGCACGGUGACUUACAAUGGAGAGCACGAUUGCUUGCCGGUGUCGACGGGGCUAAGCAGCCGACCAUGUGCGCUGCUGAAUACAACCACAUGGCUUGUCUGUAGUUCAGAGUUUGAGUACACUCUCAAGUAUGGAAAUGAUAACAACGAGGGACUCAUUUUGACGCGUUGUGACAGCUCUCAGGAGUGGCAGGGCUUCUGCGGAAAUGAUUGGUUGGAUUCUGCGUAUGCUCACACUGUUGCUUCCCGCCAUUUUGGGCUGAAUGAAACUGCACGCGGCUUCGUCUUGCCUUUAUCCAUCUUACGUUCCCCACUGAGUAUCAUCGGUGGCCUCAUGUGCUACGGUGAUGAGAAAGAUUUGUCGCAGUGCACCAUCACUCACUCCGUAUACUGCUCUGGAUAUGCAGCUCUGAAGGGCGUCUCUAGUUCUUCGAUAGAGCUCAGGUUGAUUGACUCUAAAUAUGAAGGGUCUGGUUUCGUACAGGGCCGUCACGGACCGGAAGAAGAGUGGGGCGCAUUUUGUGGAAAACUUUGGGAUAACCGAGACACACAAGUCGUCUGCCGCCAUCUUGGAUAUCUGACCAGCCUUUUUGUGAACCGUUGGUAUGAGGGACCUGUCGAUCUGGUUACCGAUUCGGCUUUUGUGUCAGCAGUGGGUUGUCUUGGCGACGAGACAUCACUUUCCCAGUGUGAACUUGUGUUCGAAGAUGACACUCAAUGCAAUGAAUGGUAUGCGUACCUCGAAUGCAUGGCAGAAACGGAGCGAUUUGAUAUACCCGGGUAUCUGUGCGGUGAAAUUCACUACUGUGGUUACGACUGCAAUCAGGGUCCACAUGAUACACUUCGACCAAUCGAAGGCAUGCAAUACUGCAAAUGUGAUGAUUCCUGUGGUUAUUUCAACGACUGCUGCUACGAUUACCAUUCAAAUUGUAACCCCGCUCCCGAAGUACAAGAGAUAGAAAUAAAUGGUAUUGGAAUCCACCAUUACUCUUGUGUGUGGACACCAGGGAAAGGUGCACAACAAGGCUACGAAUAUUUCGGGUUUGCCUUGGUGAGCAUCUGUCCGGACUCCUGGACGAACUCCUUCGUUGCAGAAAGUUGUCAAAACGAAGCAGACGAUGGUGACGUCAUAGGAUCCCUACCAGUCUACGUCGACAACGGAGCCGUUUACAAGAACGUCUUCUGCGCUAUUUGCCAUGGGGUCCAACCUGCGAGUUUGAAGAAGUGGAGCGCGAAUUUAGAAUAUCACUUCUCCGGAGAACCAACCGGUAGAUACGUUUUUGAACCUUCGAACGAUACCCUUGGAGUCGCCCGCACAUGCCCUGUUAAAACUGUCAACUCGUGUCUGGAGGAAUAUUCGGGUACCUCACUGGAACGAGCCUGCAGGGACUACUUUGCACCGCUAGUCAGGAAUAAAACUAAUUACCGCAACCCUCACUGUGCAAUGUGUAAUGGGUUUGAUAAUAUUGGGCCGGAUGAAACGUGUGGGCUGCUCUGCACUCCACUAUGUACCUCGGACAGUUGGGGCGAUUGCGGCGCUGUAUGUGGUGUCACGCAAGAUCCAUUUAACAUAGAAACUCUGUUUGAUUUUGGCUGGGGUGGCGAUGACGGUUCGGUGUGUCAGCCAGGGGAGCUUUACGAUCCGUUCUUGGAGAGAUGUCGUGCUGUGUUCUGUUCCUCCGGUCAGAUAGACGAGGAAGGGGGCUGCGGGGGAAAUCCAGGCCUGCUGGAAGUCAAAGGCCACUCGGAUGCUGGGGUUCCGGCAGGAGUGUCUAACAACUGCAGUAUUUUCCUGAACACUUCUCUCGGUAGAGAUGUAGCAGUCUGGCAGUUCAACCCUAGCAAUGAAACCAAUCCACCUUUCGGUGAAUUUACUCUAUCUAUAAUUACCGACCUAACCGAAAAGGCUGACGAUGCAUUAUUCUGGUCUCUAUACUCACUGUGUAAUGUCUCGACUGUCUUGGUGUAUGUUUCAUUUGGAGCAAGGCUGUUGUCGAAGAUUGAUACUUGUAAAAACGAUACCCUUCUAGCCGGUGGUGCGUUUGAACAAACUCAACUUGACACAUCAGACAUUUUCAAGGCGUCUAUCUGGGCAAGAGAAAACUCAAGCUUCACACGAACUUUAUUAGUUCCACAGGAAUGCCUUGAUAUUCUGAUGCUAAGCUGUUCAGAGUUUACCAUUCUGAUUCCGGAGGAGUAUGUUUCGGAAAACCAGGCGGCAACCAUGGAGGUUUUGGCUACGGGUCAGGUACUGAGAAAUGAGAAGUUUGUCUUAAUGAGGGACGGCACGGCUGCAGUUUGUGGACCAAUCAGUUCUAGAGAUAUGAAUGCAUUUGUGAUGAAUAUAAUCGCCCAAGUCUGCAACUGCCUGUCCAUUGUUGCACUUGUUGCCACUUUUGCCACAUACUGCCUGUUCCCGUCUUUGAGAAGCCUGGCUGGCCUGUACACGAUGAACCUUGUGGUGGCGCUGUUUACGGCAAACUGUCUACUGUUUUUUGCAUCAAAUGCAGCAAUCUUUGGCUACAACUGUCUGGUUACCGCCCCUUUGUUACACUUCUCAUGGCUAGCUGCAUUCUUCUGGAUGACGGCGUUGUCCUACAAUGCUGCCAAAACCUUUAGCGGAAAGCACAUGCGAGCUCGGGGUGGGUCAGACUGUCGAAAAUACCGACAACUAGCAAUGUCCAUGACAAUCGUCUGGGGUGUUUCGUUACUGAUAGUAUGCACCUGCCUGUUUCUUACACUUUGCAAGUGCACAGACCUACCCGCUAUAUACAAAGACUCGCCGCCAUGUUGGAUUGAAGGUUUCACUACUCUGAUGGUUGUCUUCGGUAUUCCUGUGGCAUUGUCUUUGCUCCUUAGUACAGGUUUCUUCGUGUCUAUUUUGGUUGCUGUGAGGAAAACCAAAAUGGAAAGCAAGAUGGUACAAACCAAAGGAAAGAUGACUGAUAUCUUGGAGGAAGUGAAGAUUUACGUAAAGCUCAUUCUGUUGUUCGGGGUCACGUGGAUUUUCGCAUUCGUUUCCGAAGCUGUUAACCACGUGGUUUUCUCUUACAUCAACGUCAUCAUCAAUACGCUGCAGGGGGUCUUUAUCUUCAUCGCAUUUUGCUUGAACCAACGCGUGAGGGCGCUGUGGCGAAAGCAACCGCUGCUGUCGGCAUCGAGGUCGAGUGGCAGAACCUCCGCAUCAGUUACAGCCUCGAGAUCUGCUGCUGGUGCCAGGUCGACCCUUAAAACUGACGUAAAAGCCAGUAAUAGUUAUGUCAACCCCAAUUUACGGGAUGAGAGAAAUGUGGAGACGAAUCAAAAAGAUACCCGCAUUUAAAUGUGAUAAAAUUAUAUAGAUCAGGUUAUUGUCACUUUUCUUACACUACGGGUGAUGUUUUCCAUAGCACUUUCGUAAUGUUGCUUUAUGUUGCUCAAAAGAAAUCAAAACAGGCUUAAGGCAAAAUUUGCUCUUUUUAUCCACUUAACAAUAUUGAAAAUAAUAUAAUAAUUAGAAUAAUACAUUUUAAUGGUGUAAAUCUUUCUUUUUUCUCUGCAAAACAUUCUUCAUCACUGUUACAUAACUGUGUAUACGUACACGAGUACACAUAGUGUACUUUGUUCCUACAUUCCGAGGUCAACACUUGACAUGAUUUGUUCUUGAUGGCAUAUUAUUUGCUUAGAACUGUAGUGGUCCGCAAAAACGAUUAGUUGCUAUAAAACCAUGAGUCAAAAUCAUUUUUAUAGAUUCGAUUUUGCGUCAGUUUUAUCCAUUUUUUUGUGGGUCAUUUUUUUCACAGAGAUAAUCAUAAUCAUUACAUAGGCACCUCUUUCAAACAAGUUUAGUGUUCGGUUUAAACCACCCGAACACAUCAUUGAUUUUUUUCUGAAUCCUAGUGCUAUUGACCCAGAAAGGGUCAGCCUUCAGGAACCCGGAAAAAGACCAAUCCGGACAAAGUUAAAAAGACACUGGACGUCUAUCAGGAGUGAAGGGGGAACAGGGGGACAUGCCCCCCCCCCCAUCUUUUGAAGGGUGGGGGGACACAAUAUAAAAUGUCCCCCCAUGCUUUUGACCACAUUUAUCAUGAAGCUCAAGUAUUGCACUGUGGAAGACCAAACCCCGUGUCCCGCGCAAUGAGCAUUCAUCUUGGGCGCAAAGGAUGACACAACUUUUUGAAGGGUGGGGGACACUAUAUCAAAUGUCCCCCUCAAAAUUGGCCCUGGAUUGCAUCACAGAUUAUCUAAAAUGCAAAAUUUCCCAUGCCCUUAACCAGGCCCGCACCCCAAGCCAUAAAGGCUUCUCACAUCAGACUCCAUCAUUGACAGAUUUGCGCCUCCCACUUGAAAGAGAGUGUUCAUGUUCAAGAGUGUAGUACUACAAAGACUGUCUUAUAUUAGAGGGUUCACAUCUCGCUAAUUGACCAUAUUUUUGACGCACGAGGGAGCUUUUAUCAACAAAUGUCUUGCAUCACUGUUACAGUAACAUAUUUUUUAAUAGUACAUGUACGGUAUAGUUUCCUUGCAUCAAUGGAGAAAAACAUGAUAAAAACAAAAAUCAUGGAAAAAACGUGUUUUCAAGGCGUGAAAACCAAUGAUAAGCUUUUAAGUUUUUUUAUCAUUUUCUUUAAGAUAUUAAAAGACAGUGAGGUUUUCCCUAAACAUGGUUUACAGGGGUCUCACCAAACACAUUCCUGCAUAAGACACCACUAUAAAAAUAACGCACAUUACACAAAAAUUCAGGUUUAAUCUGCAAAGUUGAUGACUUAUUUUUAUUUGUAUCUCCUCACCGGACAAUCUAACACAAUUACACAGAGUGAAGUAUCGGAAACAAGCGUCUUUGGCUAUGGCUGUAGUAAACAAGCCACA